CCCAGAUCCAGGUUGAAGACGAGCAGGACGGGACUGUUUUUUGGAGAUGAACGAUGGGAAAACAAAGGCUGAACGCCAUUAAGACAACCUGAGCUCGAUCUUAAGGAAACCUGUUGUUGUUUUUUUGUGGUUUUCAAAUGGAGCAGAAAGCAGAUUUUAGGCGGACUUCAGCGCUUUACUGCUGCUGGAUCCUCAUCAACUCCGUGCUGGCUGAAGACUGGACUCGCGUUCACACUGAGGACGAGCUCUUCAGGAGCUUGUUCGGGGGCUACAGCAAGUGGACGCGUCCGGCACGAAACAUCACCGACGUGGUCAUCGUCAAGUUUGGCCUCUCUAUCGCACAGCUGAUAGACGUGGAUGAGAAAAACCAGAUGAUGACAACCAACGUGUGGCUGAAACAGGAAUGGACUGACUACAAGCUGCAGUGGAGUCCCUCCGACUUCGACAACGUGACGUCCAUCAGAGUUCCUUCUGAGCUCAUCUGGGUGCCGGACAUUGUGCUGUACAACAAUGCAGACGGAGAGUUCGCCGUCACCCACAUGACCAAGGCCCAUGUGUUUCACACCGGUCGUGUCCGUUGGGUGCCCCCGGCCAUCUACAAGUCCUCCUGCUCCAUCGACGUCACCUUCUUCCCUUUCGACCAGCAGAGCUGCAAGAUGAAGUUCGGCUCCUGGACGUACGACCGCGCCAAGAUUGACCUGGAGCCCUUUGAGAACACAGUGGACUUGAAGGAUUACUGGGAGAGCGGAGAGUGGGCAAUUGUCAACGCCGUGGGCACCUACAACACCAAGAAGUACGACUGCUGCCACGAGAUCUACCCCGACAUCACCUACUAUUUUGUCAUCCGCCGCCUCCCGUUGUUCUACACCAUCAACCUCAUCAUCCCCUGCCUCCUCAUCUCCUUCCUCACCGUCCUGGUCUUCUACCUCCCGUCGGACUGCGGGGAGAAAAUCACACUGUGCAUCUCCGUGCUGCUGUCUCUCACCGUCUUCCUGCUGCUCAUCACAGAGAUCAUCCCUUCCACGUCGCUGGUCAUACCGCUGAUCGGGGAGUACUUGCUCUUCACUAUGAUCUUCGUCACGCUGUCCAUCGUCAUCACCGUGUUUGUGCUGAACGUGCACCACCGGUCGUCAGCGACUCACACCAUGCCUCGGUGGGUGCGGAGGUUUUUCCUCUCUGCGGUGCCAGGCUGGCUGUGCAUGAAGCGUCCAGACCAUGGUCUCAGGCCUGUGAGGCGACGCCACCUGACUGAUACACUCCUCCCUCUCCGGACUCCAGGCCCCGCCUACAGCACAUCCACCUGGAUCACUCAGGAGUCUGACAUCGAUCUCCACGGUUACCAGGUUGACAACCGUUGCCGCAGCAGCCACCGGCUCGACUCCUCGGAUGCCGGAGACGAUGAAAUUCCCCCCUGGGAUCCUCGCGGUUACACCCUCCUCCCACAGAGACACUCCACACUGAGCCUGGACUGGGACGCCCCUGCUGUGGAGCGUGGUUUGAUCCAGAGCCAGCUGGUCUCUGUUCUGUCUCCUGCAGUGGUAUCAGCCCUGGAGGGGGUGACCUACAUCGCAGAGCACCUUAGAGCAGAGGACGCUGACUUCUCAGUGAAGGAGGACUGGAAGUAUGUCGCCAUGGUUGUAGACCGGAUCUUCCUGUGGAUGUUCAUCAUCGUGUGUCUGCUGGGGACAAUCGGACUCUUCCUGCCGCCGUGGCUCUCCGGGAUGUUUUAGAACCAAACUGAACCAAAUCAAAAGAGUGAAUAAAACGAUUAAAUUACUAAUUAAAAACUAAAACUCACGUCAUGACAGCACUUUGUACUGUUAAACAGUAGGCCACAAUUAGAGCUGCAACUAACAUUUAUUUUCAUGAUCAAUUAUUCUCCUUUUUUUGCUUGCUCAAGUGAAUAAUUGAUCAAAAUUGUCCCUGAAUGGGUUUUUAUCAAUCCACUAAAAGCACAAAAUCUCUGAAAUGCACAAAAAACCUAAUAAAGCUGAUUUAGAACUGAACUUCAUUCAAACAAGUGGAUGAAAGCCUCUUUUGUGUAAUUUUGUUCCCUUUCUUAUACCCGUAUGUGUCCUGUGAUUUCAGCAGAAUACAGUUUUUUAUUUGAGAUGAAGACGCCUCUCGUGACAUAUU